CUUGGCAGGAUCUCAUCAAAGCAGGCCACAGGCCUGGCUGUGUGCAGGCAGUCCAAACAAGGGCCAGCACCACUCCAAAGUGAGUCCUGCUCCAGGGAGAGGGAAGGAAAACCACACAUCAGUCUGAUUGUGACCCUAGCACUGGGCUGGGAGGCAGCUGGUCUGACUGUAGGCCCCACCCAUCAAUACAAGCUUGUCAGAGAACAAUACAGGGAAAGUGCCCUGCAGGUUGAUGCUACUUCAUCUCUGACAAACACCUGGUCUGACUCAACUCAAGCCCAAGGCAGUCCCAGACUGGCCCACUAACACCAUAGGUACCAGACUUGCCCUCAAUAGGCAGAGAGCCACUGCAGACUGGACUGAAGGCAAACACAGCUUGGCCACAACAGUAGGACACCCCUGUAGCAGCACAUAUAGGAGUCACCCUGGAAGCACCAUUUCUCGUGAAAAGGCAUUGCCCUGUGGCGCACUCCAGGACCUCUUCAUAAAGCUACUACUUUUAAGUGCAGGAAACAUAGCUGACUUUUUUAACACCUAGAAACACACAGUAAUAGACAAAAUGAAGAGACAGAGGAAUAUGUCCCAGAUGAAAGAACAGAACAAAAUCAUUGCAAGAGACCUAAACUGAAUGGAGCGCUGGCUGACAGAACAGAGAGCUCAAUGCCCUCAUUGCCGUGCUCCACUCCAGCUGCGAGAACUAGUAAACUGUCGUUGGGCAGAAGAAGUAACACAGCAGCUUGAUACUCUUCAACUCUGCAGUCUUACCAAACAUGAAGAAAAUGAAAAGGACAAAUGUGAAAAUCACCAUGAAAAACUUAGUGUAUUUUGCUGGACUUGUAAGAAGUGUAUCUGCCAUCAGUGUGCACUUUGGGGAGGAAUGCAUGGUGGACAUACCUUUAAACCUUUGGCAGAAAUUUAUGAGCAGCAUGUUACUAAAGUGAAUGAAGAGGUAGCUAAACUUCGUCGGCGUCUAAUGGAAUUGAUCAGCCUAGUUCAAGAAGUGGAAAGAAAUGUGGAAGCUGUUCGAAAUGCAAAAGAUGAGCGUGUUCGGGAAAUUAGGAAUGCAGUGGAAAUGAUGAUUGCACGGUUAGACACACAGCUGAAGAAUAAACUCAUAACACUAAUGGGUCAGAAGACAUCUCUAACACAGGAAACAGAGCUCUUGGAAUCCUUACUUCAGGAGGUAGAGCACCAGUUGCGGUCUUGUAGUAAGAGUGAGUUGAUAUCUAAGAGCUCAGAGAUCCUCAUGAUGUUUCAGCAAGUUCAUCGAAAGCCCAUGGCAUCCUUUGUUACCACUCCUGUUCCACCAGACUUUACCAGUGAAUUAGUACCAUCUUAUGAUUCAGCAACUUUUGUUUUAGAGAAUUUCAGCACUUUGCGUCAGAGAGCAGACCCUGUUUACAGUCCACCUCUUCAAGUUUCAGGACUUUGUUGGAGGUUAAAAGUUUACCCAGAUGGAAAUGGAGUUGUUCGUGGUUACUACUUAUCUGUGUUUCUGGAACUAUCAGCUGGCUUACCUGAAACGUCCAAAUACGAAUAUCGUGUAGAGAUGGUUCAUCAGUCCUGCAAUGAUCCUACCAAAAAUAUCAUUCGAGAAUUUGCAUCUGACUUUGAAGUUGGAGAGUGCUGGGGUUAUAAUAGAUUUUUCCGUUUAGAUUUACUUGCAAAUGAAGGAUACUUGAAUCGACAAAAUGAUACAGUGAUUUUAAGGUUUCAGGUUCGUUCACCAACUUUCUUUCAAAAAUGCCGGGACCAGCAUUGGUAUAUUACUCAAUUGGAAGCUGCACAAACCAGCUACAUCCAACAAAUAAAUAACCUUAAAGAGAGACUUACUAUUGAGUUGUCUCGAACUCAGAAAUCAAGAGAUUUGUCACCACCAGAUAAUCAUCUUAGCCCCCAGAAUGAUGAUACUCCUGAGACACGUGCUAAGAAGUCUGUGUCAUGCACUGAUAUGCUUCUCCAGGAUGGUCCUACUACAGCUGCUACAAGAGAGGUCAAAGAGGAUGAAGAAGAGGAAGAGAAGAUUCAGAAUGAAGAUUAUCAUCAUGAACUCUCUGAUGGAGAUCUGGAUCUGGAUCUUGUUGGGGAAGACGAAGUGAAUCACCUUGAUGGCAGCAGUUCCUCUGCCAGUUCCACAGCAACAAGUAACACAGAAGAAAAUGACAUUGAUGAAGAAACUAUGUCUGGAGAAAAUGAUGUGGAAUACAACAACAUGGAAUUAGAAGAGGGAGAACUUAUGGAAGAUGCAGCUGCUGUAGGACCAUCAGGUAGUAACCAUGGCUACGUGGGUGCCAGCAGCAGAAUGUCAAGAAGAGCACAUUUAUGCUCUGCUGCUACCAGUAGUUUAUUAGACAUUGAUCCAUUAAUUUUAAUACAUUUGUUGGACCUUAAGGACCGGAGUAGUAUGGAAAAUUUGUGGGGCUUACAGCCUCGCCCACCUGCUUCACUUUUGCAGCCCACAGCCUCAUAUUCUCGAAAAGAUAAAGACCAAAGGAAGCAGCAGGCAAUGUGGCGAGUUCCCUCUGAUUUAAAGAUGCUAAAAAGACUCAAAACUCAGAUGGCGGAAGUACGAUGUAUGAAAACUGAUGUAAAGAAUACGCUUUCAGAAAUCAAAGGUAGCAGUGCUGCUUCUGGAGACAUGCAGGCAAGCCUUUUUUCUACUGACCAGGCUCUGGCUGCUUGUGGAACUGAAAACUCUGGCAGAUUACAGGAUUUGGGAAUGGAGCUCUUGGCAAAGUCAUCAGUUGCUGGUUGUUACAUACGAAACUCCACAAAUAAGAAGAGUAAUUCACCCAAGCCAGCUCGGUCCAGUAUAGCAGGUAGUCUGUCACUUAGAAGAGCAAUAGACUCUGGGGAAAAUAGCCGUUCGAAGGGAGACUGUCAAACUCUAUCCGAAGGCUCCCCAGGAAGCUCUCAAUCUGGGAGCAGGCACAGUUCUCCCCGAGCCUUAACACAUGGCACCAUCAGUGAUAUUUUGCCGAAAUCUGAAGACCGGCAGUGUCAAGCUUUGGAUUCGGAUGCUGUUGUGGUUGCAGUUUUCAAUGGUUUACCUGCUGUUGAGAAGAGGAGGAAAAUGGUCACCUUGGGGUUGUUUUCUCCCUUGAGGGCUAAUGCUAAAGGAGGUCGUCUGGAAGGAAUGCAAAUGACUGAUUUGGAAAAUAAUUCUGAAACUGGGGAAUUACAACCUGUACUACCUGAAGGAGCUUCAGCUGCGCCUGAGGAAGGGAUGAGUAGUGACAGCGAUAUUGAAUGUGACACUGAGAACGAGGAGCAGGAAGAGCACGCCAGCGUGGGAGGGUUCGACGACUCUUACAUGGCGCAGCCCCCAGAUGAAGGUGCAGCACCUGGUCUCCUUUUACAGAGAUUAAUAAAAGAUACGCAUUCCAGUUUUCCUGAUGGUGACCAAAUAGGCCCUGAAGACCUCAGCUUUAAUACUGACGGAAGCGGCGGAAGCCCAAAAUAAUUGCCAGACUUCCCACCGGGCUCCUGCAUUUGUGUUUGAGCCGCUGUACUAUUCGUGAACGUUACACUGAGAGUUGGUAAGACUGUUGAAGAAGCAUGAAUCUCAUACACAUGUGAGAGGCACCUCAUCUACUUCUAUUUUACUUAUUUCCCAUGUCUAAUGUCUUGCUAAAUGCUGUGAUUCAUGGUUUGCUUUUGUUCAAAACAGUUCGCACUUUUGUUAAUAAAAUUAACUUGAGAAAAUACCAUGCCUCUGC